UACAUCUGACUGUCAUUUUCUUCCAGAUAUAAAUAAUGAACGUAAAGUGCGAAAUGAAACAUAUCGUACAAAUAUGCUGAAAUUAAAUGCAUUUGUUAUGACUUAUUCAGAAAUUGAUGAAAUCGUUACACCAAGACAUUCAGGUUGGUUUAUGGGUUAUGCACCGAAUUCACUUCAUAUUGAAACAUGGAAUAAUUCAAGACAAUUUAAAGAAGAUCUUAUUGGCUUAAGAACAUUAUGGGAACAAGGAAAAUUAUAUACAUUUACUUCUCAUGUACGUCAUCAAGAUGUUCCGCAUACACCUAAUCGAGAUUUUAUUAUACAAAAUAUUUUUCCUUUUUUUAAUAAUACACUUGCAUAG